UAAAGCGUUGCUUUUCCACGGUCCUCUUAUACUUGUAUCUUGACUGAUUUCGACGGAGGUACGGGCAAAGGUCUACACAAUCCAACGUCAUAGCCGUUACAAGGUUUUAAGCACCCCAUGCUACCCGAGAAAUAAAUACUCGAUGCCCGAUUCACUUGUAUGCACAACGCGUACAUCGGUGUACUCUAUUCAAUUAAAUCACGGGAAAAUGAUUUUGACAAUGAGAAUUGCUAUGUUUACUCACAGUCGUGUAAUGCUGUAAGUGCUGUUUUCUGUGUGUUACAUGAUGAGAUUCAGGUGCGCAAAAUCGUUGAAGACUGUAUGAACAACGUUCAUCCGAUAUAUCAUAUCAAGACGCUAAUGAUUAAACGCGAGUUAGCUAAAGAUCCUCAGCUGGUCAACGAAAAUUGGGACCGAUUCCUGCCAAAGCUAUCCAACAAGAAUAUCUCAAAGCGAAAGCAGCCCAAGAAAAAGCGUCUGAAGGGAGAAUAUACGCCGUUUCCGCCUGCACCGCCUCUGUCGAAGAUUGAUAAGGAGUUGGAAACUGGCGAAUACUUCUUAAAGGAUACGGAGAAAAAACGUAAAAAGAAACGUGAGCAACUUGAGCGUCAGGCCGAGAAACAGGUGAGUCAUGGAAAAGCGUUAAUAAAACUAUUUGUUUUUGACGCGGAUCUGCAUAGACAUUAUCCGUAUCAAUUCGUAGUGAGCUGCUACUGAUGAUCAUAAAACCUA